AUGGAUAUCUAUUGUCGUGAUGCUGUUUGCUCUCAGGUACUCAAAUAUUCAUUCUUUUCAAAAAAUUUGAUCAGAUUCUAUUUCAAGGGCGUUCAGUUCAAAGAACGUGUAACAGCGAAAGGUUUGGUGGCUGUUGUUACAGGAUGUAAUUGUGGAAUUGGAAAGCAGAUUGUUCGAGAGCUUAACCUACGUGGUGCUAAAGUGUACAUGCUUUGUCGUAAUGAAGACCGAAUGAGGCAUGCGCAUAUUGAGCUUGUAAAACUUGGCUGUAAUCCCGAAAGGUUGGUGCCAAAACUGGUUGAUCUCGCAAGUUUCAAAACGAUCAGAGCCGUAGCGUCCGAAAUUGCCAAAGAGGAAGAUCAUGUGGAUAUCUUGAUCAAUAAUGCUGGUGUUAUGCUUUAUCCGAAGUUCAAGCUGACCGACGACGGCCAUGAGCUGGUCUGGCAGACAAACUAUCUGGGUUCAUUCUUUAUAUAUUCCGGGCAUUUUUUGCUCACCGAGCUACUUCUGCCACUUGUUCGUGCUGCACCAACCGCACGUAUUGUAAAUGUCUCCGCAUUAGCUCAUUUUUAUGCCGAUCCAAUUGAUUUCCAGUUGAUCGAUCGCCGAGAAGGAUGGGAUCCAAGACAGUCUUAUUCAAAAUCAAAGCUUGCUAUGGUAAUGCAUGCAGUUGAAUUGACAAAACGGCUUCGAGCAACGGACGGAUCACAUGUUACGAUAAAUUCGUGUCAUCCUGGUCUCUGCCACACGCGACUGAUGCGUUACACACCACUGGCAAGCAAACCGUUCAGUUACGUCACAGCUCCGUUCAGGUUAACCCCUCCUAUUUCAAAUUAA